UCCUGUUGCUCUGCUCUGCCACUCCUCUCCUCCCUCCAAAAAUCAAGAAAACCAUCCAAACGCUCCGAAUCUUUUUUCCUUUCCCAUGAAAAAACGCGCGUUCUUCUUCUUCUUCUUCUCCCUCUUCCUACCCCUCAUCUUUUCAACAAUCCUUCCCAUUUCCCUCUCCCAACAGCUUCCCGCCGCAGGCGAUUGGCGCCUCCUGCAGAAGAGCAUUGGCAUCUCAGCCAUGCACAUGCAGCUCAUCUACACCAACGAAGUCGUCAUGUUCGACCGCACGGAUUUCGGACCGUCCAAUCUCUCUUUCCCUGACGGUCGAUGCAGAUUGGACCCCAACGAUACCGCCCUCAAGAUCGACUGCACUGCCCACUCCCUCAUAUACGACGUUCCGUCCAACACCGUUCGCCCUCUCACCAUCCAGACUGACACGUGGUGCUCAUCCGGCUCCGUUCUUCCCAACGGCACCCUCGUACAGACGGGCGGAUACAAUGACGGGGAUCGUGUGGUCCGCACAUUGGCCCCAUGUGUGGGUGGCCCACUAUUUCAAGAUUGUGAUUGGAUCGAGAAGCCCAACUAUCUUUCUGUCCGUCGUUGGUAUGCCACCAAUCAGAUUCUGCAUGAUGGACGGGUGAUCAUCGUCGGUGGACGUCGACAAUUCAGUUAUGAAUUCUUUCCGAGGAGCGCCUCUGAGCCGGCGAAUUACUGGCUUGGGUUCUUGAAAGAGACUUGGGACGUCGACGAGAACAAUCUUUACCCGUUCUUGCACCUGCUACCGGACGGGAGCCUAUUCAUCUUUGCAAAUGAUCGUGCGAUCAGAUUUGAUUACGUGAACGAUCGUGUGGUUAGGGAGUAUCCACCUAUCCCAGGGCGGGACCCACGGAAUUACCCCAGCUCUGGAUCAUCCGUACUGCUCCCGUUGCACCUUGAUGGUGGCGAUGGCGUGGAUGGCCUGAUAGCCGAGGUGAUGGUGUGCGGCGGGGCGCCACGUGGCGCAUUCGGGCGGGCCAAGAACCGAACAUUCUUGCUAGCUCUAUCAAGCUGUGGACGGCUGAUGGUCACUGAUCUUGAGGUCCAGUGGAAAAUGGAAGAAAUGCCGAUGGCUCGAGUGAUGGGAGACAUGCUGCUGGUCCCCACGGGCGAUGUCGUAAUCAUAAAUGGCGCAGCCAAUGGCACAUCCGGGUGGGAGCUGGCGCGGAACCCGAUUACCAGACCCGUUCUUUAUCAUCCAUCUGAUCCAAUGGGCCACCGGUUCCAGAUCCUAAGUCCAUCACCAAUCGCUAGGGUAUACCAUUCAUCAUCAGUCAUGCUUCCUGACGGUCGGAUCCUCGUUGGGGGCAGCAACCCUCAUGUACAUUACAACUUCACUGGCGUAGAUUACCCAACGGAGCUCAGCAUCGAAGCGUUUUCGCCGCCCUAUCUAGCUAUGCAAUAUGCUCGGUUUCGGCCACAGAUCACAUUCACUGUGCCCCACCAAUUCAUAUCGUAUGGCCAGCCGAUCGCCAUCAAUUUCUUAUUGACAUCGUACAUGCCGCAAUCUGGGCUGUCCGUUACAAUGCUGGCCCCGUCAUUCACGACACAUUCUAUCGCAAUGAAUCAGAGAUUGCUGAUGUUGAAGGUGACGCGGGUGGCGCAGGCAUCGGCCUUGAUGUAUCAGGUGAACGCAAUUGGACCGCCAACAGCUACGAUCGCACCGCCUGGUUACUACAUGCUGUUUGUGGUGCAUGCAGGGGUUCCCAGUCCGGGCAUAUGGGUGAGGAUGCAGUGAAUUUUUUUAUUUAUUUUUAAUUUUUAGUUUUUGCCUUAUUUUUUAUUUAUGGGGAAUGAUAUUUUUCUCACAGUCAUUGAUGGUUCCAACCAUGAAGGGUAGUUUGAUCCGAAUUACACUUGUGAGGGUUGCAUUGUCACUUUCGGGGGUCUAAAUAUCAUUUUAUUUGUUUAUGGGAGAAACCCAUUGAUUGAUUUAAUUGGGCUUUUUUAGACGGUUUGGAUAAUUUUUGGGUGGCAAUUUUUUCAUGCAAUUUUACAUGUUAUAACAUGUGUUGAAAGAAAUGAAAUCAACUAUUGUAUUAGUUGUUUGAAA